UCAAACAAUUGUAAAAAAGAUUUAUAUGAAUUUCUGUCUUUCUCUCUGUCAACCGUCUGGUCGGCAACAAUGCCUUGAGGUCCCUCUUCCUUUGUGGGGGAGCCCAGACCCCCUCUCUCCCUCCUCUAUACAUAAAUUACCACUGUCUUUUCUCACUCAUUCUCACACACGCGCACUCUCUCUCUCUCUCUCUCUCUCCCUCUCCCUCUCCCUACCCUCAACUUCAAACCCACCACUACCACUAUUCCUCAACUCUAUACCAGACUCCCAUCUUUCUUUCGCCUAAAUUCUUCCCAAAGAUCUAAUCUUUCCUUAUAUUUACUCUCUUCUCAAACCAUCUAUUGUGAAUUAGUCUCAAUCGACUUUCUUUCCCACAAUCCUCUGUUGGGUCUUCUUUAAGGAUCAAGAGAAGAAAAAAAAAAUGAAUGAGAUUGAGAAAUGCUUGGAUCCCCAAUUAUGGCACGCUUGCGCCGGCGGCAUGGUUCAACUUCCUCCGGUGAACUCAACUGUCUGUUAUUUCCCACAGGGUCAUGCUGAACACUGCCAAGAGAAACUCGAUUUGGUAAGAAUGCCUCCAUUGAUUCUCUGUAAAGUGGAAACAGUCAAGUUUUUGGCUGAUAAAGAAACAGAUGAAGUUUAUUCCAAAAUCCGAUUGAUUCCACUGAGAAACAACUCCGAUCGGGAUUUGUACGAUGAAACAACCGACAGAACUGAUAACCAAGAAAAACCCCCAUCUUUUGCCAAAACAUUGACUCAAUCCGACGCGAAUAACGGUGGCGGGUUUUCCGUUCCUAGAUAUUGUGCGGAGACUAUUUUCCCGAGGCUUGAUUAUUCAUCGGAGCCCCCUGUUCAGACGAUCUUGGCUAGAGAUGUUCAUGGAGAGGUAUGGAAAUUCAGGCAUAUCUAUAGAGGAACGCCGAGAAGGCAUUUGUUAACGACGGGUUGGAGUAAUUUCGUGAAUCAAAAGAAACUUGUCGCCGGCGAUUCGAUUAUAUUCUUGAGGGCUGAUAAUGGGGAUUUAUGUGUUGGUGUUAGAAGAGCUAAGAAAGAAGCAAAUAGUGGCUGGAACUCGUCUUCUUCUCCUUAUGGAGCUUAUUCUCCAUUUCUGAGAAUCGAUGAUCAGAGAAAAAUCUGCGGUGGAGGAAGGGGUGGUGGAAAAGUGAGAGCUGAAUCUGUAAUGGAAGCUGCUUCUCUUGCAGCUAAUGGACAUCCUUUUGAUGUUGUGUAUUAUCCACGGGCUAGUGCUCCCGAGUUCUGCGUUAAGGCUUCAUCUGUUGGAGCUUCAAUGAGGAUUCAAUGGUGUCCAGGAAUGAGAUUCAAGAUGCCUUUUGAAAAUGAAGAUUCUUCUCGAAUUAGCUGGUUUAUGGGUACCAUUUCUUCUGUUCUAUCUGAUGAUCCUAUCCGUUGGCCUAAUUCUCCAUGGAGACUUCUUCAGGUAGCUUGGGAUGAACCAGAUUUGCUUCAAGAUGUGAAGAAAGUAAGCCCGUGGUUAGUUGAAUUGGUUUCUAACAUGAACAUGCCCGCAGUUCAUCUGUCGCCAUUUUCACCCCCGAGAAAGAAAAUAAGAAUACCACAACCGUCCGAUUUUCCGUUCAUCGGGCAACUACCUAUGUCUUCAUUCCAAUCAUACCCUAAUAAUAUAGGCCAGGGUAGUGGUAACAACAACCCAUUUGUCCAUUUAACCACCCAAACCAUUCCUGCAGGCAUACAGGGAGCCAGGCAUGCUCAAAUUGAAUUAACCCAAUCUAAGAAUAUCUUUCCUCCUCAACCUAUAACCAAUUCUAAACCGCUUUUCCUUAACUUCGUUACCAAAUCCGAAAACGACGAUGGAAAUGUGUCCUGUUUACUAACUUUAGGACUUUCUAACCCUUCUCCGAAAAAAACUGAAACAGAAGACCGUAAAGUAAAAACACCACCACCAACGUUUGUGCUGUUUGGUCAGCCGAUUCUCACAAAAGAACAGAUCUUCCAGACAUCUUCAGGUUCAUCUGACAUGAACCCGACUAAUAAUCUUUCCGAUGGUUCUGACUCUGCUGUGAUUCAGAACAGCCCAACAGAGAACUUAUCUGAUGAAGGGUCUCCAUGGUUUAAGAGGAACAGAACGAAAUCAGAGCCUCAUACCAACACUUUCAGGUCAUAUCAUCGAGAGCUUUAUGGAAAUCUCACCAAUGUGUUUGAGAGUGAAGGAACCGAGGCUCUAAGCGAAACAGGGGCAAUUAAACAUGGCGCUGAUGAGCCGAGCCAUUCAGCAAGUUUUCGAAGUGUAUGACUGAUCAAUUGAUUGAGGAAGAGAAGAAGAAAGGGAGUUUUCGAAGUUUGAAAUCAAAUGUACAAAUUGAAGUUAUGAGAUGAUGAUCUAUAGUAGAGAAGUUUGUUAGGUUUAUUAUUGUUGUUAUGAAUGGAACAGUAAUGUUGUAAGGUUUAUUUUUAAGAAUUACCCACGUUUAAUUGGUUGCUCAACUAUCAAGAUUUGAGGUUA